GGGAAGUUGUUUGUGUUGAGGAGCAGGAAGCAUAAUUUUAUAGUCGCGGACUGUUGAGACUCAACAUUUAGGAGUUUUUUUGCACUUUUACUGAAUAUAAUUUAUAUCCAUCCCUUCAAAUUUUUUUUAAUUUCCCCGUAAUUCUCCACGAAGCACAAUAUCUAUGUGAUGUUUCCCAGGAGAGAGCUUCGGCUUAUGUGGAGAUGGAGGAGCGGGCCCGCAGCUGUCUGCUGCGCUCCAGAGCUACUCUGGAGCAGGACAUCAAAGCACGCAACCUGAUGGACCAUAUGAUCAGUGAUGGCGUCCUGACCAACGAUGAAGAAGACAGGAUUGACAGCAAGGGUACCAGGAAAGAGAAGGCUGCGGCUUUGCUGGAGUUGCUGUUGAGGAAAGACAACAGGGCUUAUAUCUCAUUUUACAAUGCUCUGAUCAGGGAGAGCUAUGGAGAUCUGGCCAACCUCCUCCAUAAUGACAUCCCUGUUUUGAGCCCCGAAGGAGAGAAAAGCUUUGCGGAUGGCGUGUCUAGUGCUGUUCAGGUGAUUCUGAGUGAAGGUGGGGUACCUCAGAGACCCGUGGUGUUUGUAAGCCGACCGACUCUGCUAAAUUUGAUCCGGGACAAGCUGAAACAGCUAAGGGACACACCAGGCUGGGUCACUGUGUUUGGCAUGGCAGGUUCAGGGAAGUCUGUGAUGGCUGCGGAGGCUGUUCGUGAUCAUGCUCUCAUUAAGGAGUGUUUUCCAGGUGGAGUCCACUGGCUUUCUGUAGGUCAGUGCGAGCGAGCGGAUCUUCUGGUGAGGAUGCAGUCUCUGUGUUUCCGUUUGGAGCAGGGUCAAAGUUCAGAUGGGACCCAGCGAGCCCCCUCCUCUGUGGAGGAGGCCAAAGAACGCCUGCGAUUCCUGAUGCUCCGCAGGUUCCCCAGGUCCCUGCUGAUUCUUGAUGAUGUUUGGGACACUUCAGCACUCAGGUCGUUUGACAUUCAUUGUCGAGUCCUCCUGACCACAAGAAAUCGAAGUCUGACUGAUUCAGUGAGCGGUAAGAAGUGUGAAGUACACGUUGAGAAUGGUCUGAAUGAGGAAAAAGCCCUGGAAAUUCUCGCUUUGUAUGUAAACGGGAAUGCGCAGAAACUUCCAGAACAGGCUCGCAGCAUUGUUGGUGAAUGUAAAGGUUCUCCUCUGGUGGUCUCUCUGAUUGGAGCACUAUUGAGGGAGUUCCCUGACCGCUGGGACUACUACCUGCGGCAACUGCAGAAGAAACAAUUCAAGCGGAUCCGAAAGUCAUCAUCCUAUGACUACGAAGCUUUGGACCAGGCCAUGGACGCCAGCCUGCAGGUUCUGAAGCCCGAGCACAGAGACCUGUACAGGGACCUGAGCAUCAUGCAGAAAGAUGUUAAAGUGCCUGCUAAGGUUCUUUCAGUGCUAUGGGAUCUUGAGAUAGAGGAAGUUGAGGACGUCCUGCAGGAGUUCGUAAAUAAGUCGCUGCUGUUUCGCGACUGUAACAAGCGGCCGUACCUCUAUUACCUUCACGAUCUGCAGCUGGACUUUCUUGCCGAGCAGAAUCGUACUGAAAUAACAGAACUUCAUAAAAAGAUGGUCCAUCGAUACCAGCAGUUUUAUAAUAAAGCUGCACCCAGUCCCGAAGAUAAAGACUGUUUGUUCUGGUACCGGUUUCUCCCUUAUCACAUGGCUAAUGCGGGCCUGUCUAAGGAGCUUUAUUCACUGAUGUUUUCAUUGGAAUGGGUCCAAGACAAAACUCAGAUAAUGGGAUCAGCCCAUCUUAUCAAUGACUAUGUGGAAUAUGGUGAAGUACUAGAUAAAGAGAAUAGUGAGGUGAGGCUACAGUUUCAGGAGUUCCUGUCUCUGAACAGUCACCAGCUGGAGCAGAGACCGUUUCCAGAUGUGGUGCAGCUGGCUUUGUCUCAGCCCAACUGCUCAGAGGUCUACAAGCAGGCUUUGAUGCAGGCACAGCAGCGGGCCAGGAGGGGGCAGCUCUAUUUCGACUGGGUAAACAACAAUAGCAUGGACAGUUUGUCUCGACUGGUCAUGAAUCCACAACAGGGGUCCAUCUACUAUGCCUGCUUUUCCAGAGAUGGAAGCAAAAUCGCUUCGUGUGGCACCAACAAGAAUCUUCGAGUCUUUAAAACGACCUCUGGAGAGAAGCUGCUGGAGAUUGACGCUCAUGUCGAUGACGUUCUGUGCUGUGCCUUCUCCCCUGAUGAUCGCUACAUAGCAACCUGCUCCAGUGACAGGAAGGUUAAGUUGUGGAACAUUGAGGGAGGCAUUCUGACCAGAGAGUUUGACGUGGAACAUGAUGAACAAAUCAACCACUGCCAGUUCACCAACACGGGCCGUCGUGUCCUGCUGGCCACCUGCUCUAAUGACAAAAUCGGCAACACUAAGCUCUGGAACCCGAAUAAGCAGAGCUCUCAGAACACAUUGUUCGGACACUUUGAGCCUGUCAAUCACUGCUGCUUCUCUCCAAACGACACCUACCUUGCCACUUCAUCCAGUGACGGUACCUUGAAGCUGUUCGAGGUGUCGUCUGCAAACAAGUGGAAAACAAUCAAGGUCUUUAACUUUUUCCCAGAGAGUGACGACGAAAUAAACCCUAUUGUGAAAUGCAGCACGUGGUCAGCCGACGGCUCGCGGAUCAUUUGUGCUGCCAAGAACACAGUGUUUGUUUUUGAUGUUGCAACGUCAGAAAUGCUUUUAGAGAUGAAGACGAGUCGUCUGAGCACAGUGCAAUACUGCCACGCCUGUCCCAACAGCAGCCUGCUGGCCGUCGCUCUGUCCCAUUAUACUGUGGAGCUGUGGAAUUUUGAGACCAGUAAGAAGACGGCCGAAUGCAACGGACACCUGAGCUGGGUUCAUUGUGUCCAGUUUUCUCCUGAUGGGUCACUGCUGUUGUCUUCCUCUGAUGAUCAGACCAUCAGGUUGUGGGAGACGGAAAAGGUUCACACUUCAUCUGCUGCGGCUCUGAAGAGAGACUUUGAUGUUCUGUUCUCACAGAAUGACAUUACAAUAGUGACCGCCGACAGUCAAAACAGACUGCAGGUACGGACCGGAUCUGAAGGUGCCGUUCUGUUCGAGAGCGACACGUUUCCAUCCAGGAUUCGCUGUACGUGUAUCAGCAGGUGUGCUCAUGUGGCCAUGGGAACUGAGGAUGGUGGCGUUCAGACAGGAAGUGUGAAAGUCAGACAGUUUCUGAAGAACAUUGCCUGGAGAACUUUGCAGCUGCUGGCCUUACAGCGUGAUUUUGUGCUGGCACUAGGGCUAGAGACAGGUACAGUGCAGGUGUUGGAGGUCCCAUCUGGAAAUCUUUUGGCGACGCUCUCAGGUCACACCAGAACAGUUCACCACUGUCAGUUCACUGAUGACGGUCAGACCCUCAUCACUUCCUCAGAGGACGCCACCGUCCGGGUGUGGAAGUGGAGGAUAGGUGAAUGUCUUGUGUUGGAGGGUCAUAAGGAGCCAGUCCGAAAGUUUCACCUGUUGAACUCCUCAUCUUCCUCUCCUCAUGUUCUCUCAUGGUCUUUCGACGGCACCGUCAAGGUUUGGGAUCUGAACAGUGGACAGAAACUGCAGGACAUCACGUGUCAUAAGGGAGCUGUGCUGUCAUGUGACGUCUCCUCUGACAAACGGCUUUUUGUCUCCACCUCGGCUGAUACAACGGCCAAGGUUUGGAGCAGCGUCUCAUGGGAAAUGGCGUUUCUGCUUAAGGGACACAAAGACUGCGUGCGUAGCUGCCGAUUUUCUUGGGAUAGCAAGCGGCUAGCAACGGGCGAUGACAAUGGAGAAAUAAGGCUAUGGAGCAUGAUAGAUGGAUCUCUGCUUAAGAUCUGCUCUCGGGACACUAAAGACUCAAUGGAUUCUUUGCACGGUGGAUGGGUAACUGCCCUGCACUUCUCACCUGAUAACAGGGUACUCGUCUCAACAGGAGGAUACAUCAAGUGGUGGAGCGUGGAGACAGGAGAGGCACUGCAGACUUUCUACACGAUGGGAGCCAGUCUGAAACACAUCCACGUGUCACCUGACUUCAGCACUUUCAUCACCAUUGACAGCAUUGGAAUCCUUUACAUUUUAAAGAAAGUCGAGGGAGGCGGGGCUUAAACUUUAAACAGUGUUGGGAACCUUUUUUUUCUUUAAA